UCACUUGUUUGACCGUGACUUUAUUAAAGACCGCUUAAAAAUAAAAGACUGGAAACAUGAGAAAGGAUCCAUAACAAUGCUCGAAGAUCUUAUUAAAGAGAAUGACAUCAAUUUGGAUUCCAUCGGUUUAAACAGUGAUGACGUAGAAUUCAUCGGGGCACUUAUUGAAGGUGAUCGUGAUUUUUCAACUAAAAGUGCAAGAAAAAUACCCAAGUAUCUAUUCGAUAUUGUCAACAAUAAGCGUAACUCUGUAGAUGUUGACAAGUUUGAUUACUUCACACGAGACUGUUAUUAUUCAGGAACGAAACGACAGUUUGAUUUUUCACGGUUGAUGCGGCUCUCUCGUGUCAUGAAUGAUGAGAUAGUUUACUAUUAUAAAGAAUACUAUCAUAUUUAUGAAUUGUUUCACACGAGGUAUUCUUUGCAUAAAACGGUAUAUAAACAUCGCGUUGUUAGAGCAAUUGAUCACAUGAUGUGUGAUGUGCUUGAUGAUGCGAAGAAAUAUUUGGCAAAGAAGUUCGGUUUUGAAGAUUUUAAGGAUGCGAUCAGUAAAGGUGAAAAAUAUAUACGAUUAAGUGAUUCUAUUUUCCAUGAAAUUGAAUAUUCGCAAGCUAAAGUACUUGAGUAG